AUGUCGCUUCUUCAACUCCCCGCUGAACUGCUACUAGAGGUAUGUUCGUAUCUAGAAUUUGUCUACGAUCUUGGUUCCCUCUACCAAUGCCAUCCUCUUCUAUAUACUUUGUUGAAAGACAGAGUCCACCAACUACUCAAGACGGAGUCCGCCCAACCUCUGGCAUGGGCUGCGGCGAACGGGAAGGAAAUAUGUGUUCGCAAGCUGCUAGAUGCAGACGCGUUGAUUUAUGAUGAUCAUAGUUUCACCGACUCCUCCAUGGACCCUAUGAUGAUGGCUGCAAAGAAUGGCCAUUUUGAUAUUGUCCGAAUGCUCCUCGACCACGGAAUGGACCCACUUCUAGAGAUCUGUGAACACUUUUUCCUCUGCUGCUAUGAUCUUGAUCACUUUAUUUCCCUCGGAAAAUCAUUGUCCGCCUCAGUGAUGGAGGGUCACACCUCAGUUGUCGGUCUCUUGAUUGAACGUGGAUGUACCAGAAGCACUAAACGCUAUAUGGACAAGAAAAGUCAGGUGUGCGACUUAUUAUUAUGCUUAGCAGUCAUGAAGAGGCAUAUUCCGAUCAUCAAACUUCUGCUUGCAGAAGGUUGUAAUCCCAAUAUGUAUCUUGAGGCCCCUUUGCAUUAUGUUGCCGCGGCUCCUGCUACAAACACAACUAUGGAAAUUGUCCGUCUUUUAGUUGAUGCUGGGGCUGACAUCAUGUCAGAAAUGUCAGACCAAUCUCCAUUCUCACUUGCCUUGGAAACCGGCAAUGAGGCGUUCAUCAACUAUGCAUUCGAACAAGGGAUUACUCUUGAUACCGAAGUCAUCCUCGACAUGGUUGUCCGGAUUGCCGAGCAUCAAAAGAGAAUGGCGGCUUUCCUCCUGGAGAAGAUUGAUUUGGACAGCACAAUCCAUUUUAGUGAAUCUGUACGAUAUAAGCUUCUCUGUGCCGCUGCAACUGGUGGUUUUGAGGAGCUGAUGAAGAGACUAUUAGUUACUGCGCCUGCCCUCGGACGGCGGGCUUUUGAGCAUAACCAUGAUUAUAUUAUGGGUCUUGCUGUUGCAUCUGGCAAUAUCGGAAUGAUCGAGUUGUUGCUUCAACAGGACGCAUCUCUUGAUUGCGCCGUCUCUUAUCCAUCGGUUCUUGAGAGAGGAAUGGAUGGAGAAAUGGAUGGAGAAUGGGAUCCCGAUGCCUGCCUCCCUCCAAUGGUUCUCGCUCUUGACCGAAGCCACGACGAUGUCGUAAAGUACCUUAUUAACAAAGGCUUUGCUGUUAAGCUUGAGUCAGAGUAUAGAAAUCGUUUCCUUUUCAACAGAGCACUCUAUCUGGGCAAAGUGGAAAUCCUCCAAAUGCUUUUUGAGACUUCCAAUCCCCCAAUCGAAGAUAUUGCCUUAGCGAACGAUGGGCUAGCAAUUCUACUCGCAGUCUUAGGAGGAGAGGCGGUCUUCAAGUUACUCCUAGAUCAUGGAGUACAACUGCGACCGGAUUGUGUUGGACACUGCCGCGCGCUGGCCUGUGCUGCUAUGUUAGCUAAUGUGCCUAUCUUGAGGAUAUUUUUGGAUGCGGGCUUUAGUCUAGAUGUGCAGGGCUCAGAUCAUGGUACACUCGGCAUGUCAUUGAAAUAUGACCAAAACCGAGGCAGUACACUCCUCGCUCUCGCGGCUCAGGCGAAAGAUCGAAAUGCCGCGGAAACUGCAAUUGAUCUUUUGCUAGAACGUGGGGCACAGCUCAACCAGCCAAUUGGCUCCUCCAAUCACACGCCUUUGCUCUGCACGGUUUCGGGGAUAGCUAGUCAGAACAUUAGCGAUAUUGAAUAUUUUGUCGACUUCACCAAGCGUACAGAAGAGGAUAUAAGUGGGGAUCCAUUUAGGCACCAUCUCGAACACAACUACGAAGUGCCGGCAGCAAAGCUUCUAUUGGAUAAAGGGGCCGAUCCUCUCUUUCGGAACAAAAGUGGAAUAUCCGCCUUAAACCUGGCUGCAAAGAGAAAUGAUAUCAAAUUGGUCAAGAUGUUGCUAGAAUACGUUGGUCAAACCGUUCCGAUCAGUACAAUCAAGUCUCAUGUAUUAUUGGCAGUGACGGCCACGUCCAAGUCAAUGGACGAUUCUUGCUGCCUUACUUGCAGAAAUUGGGACAAGAAACAACCUUCUUUGACCAUCCAAAGGAUUCUCUGGGAUUAUUAUUGGCGCAAGGUUUACCAUUAUCCUAGCGAAUAG